GGGCGUGCGCUACGGGACAGAGAACGCGUUCCUUUUUGCCUUUUAUUUCCCAAAACCGAACAAAUUGGAAUCCGGACUGGCCAACAAGAGGGCCAAUUUUGCGCGAGUUAAAACUUAAAACCAUGGGCAUUGAGAUAAGAGAGGAGAGAGGGGUUGCCACUAGUGAGCUCUGGUGCGGAAUCUGGGGGCGGCUUAGUACUUACUGAGGCCGGCGGUAAAGGUCCUAACAAGCUCAAGAGGUCUCUCCAAUCUCCAUGGCAAUCUCACUUGCACAUUCCGCUCUUUGCAAGUCUUCAUUAUUGUUUCAUAGGUCUUGUGUCAGAAGCUACAUCCUAACGCCUUUGGCUUCUGCCUCCACUUCAUCUUCUGCUUACUCUGCAAAUAAUCCCAGGCAUCAGAAAUGGAGGCAACCUGUUGCAUCUGUACUAGAGAUUGGUGGAGUCAAGAUUGUGAAAGAUGAUGUGGUGAGAGAUGAUCCCACAAACAACGUUACAGAUACAAUAUUUUCAAAACUGGGUAUGCAACUUCACAGGAGGAAUCACCACCCAAUUGGUAUUCUGAAGAACGCGAUUUACAAUUAUUUUGACAUCAAUUACUCAGAAAAGUAUUAUAAAUUUGAUGAUUUGUGCCCUAUUGUUUCUGCAAAACAGAACUUUGAUGAUGUCUUGGUUCCUGCUGAUCAUGUGAGCCGGAGCUACAAUGAUACAUACUAUAUUGAUCCUGAGACUGUCUUGAGGUGUCACACAAGUGCUCAUCAGGCAGACCUAUUGACACAAGGACACACUCAUUUCCUUGUAACUGGAGAUGUUUAUAGAAGGGAUUCUAUCGACUCAACUCAUUAUCCUGUAUUCCAUCAGAUGGAAGGUGUUUGUGUAUUUUCCCGUCAUGAGUGGGAGGCUUCUGGCAUGGAUGCCACGUCUUAUGCUGCUGGGGAUCUAAAGAAAUGCCUCGAGGGUUUGGCAAAACACUUAUUUGGGGCGGUAGAAAUGCGCUGGGUUGAUUCUUUUUUUCCAUUCACUAAUCCAUCCUUUGAACUUGAAAUAAAUUUUCAGGAGAAAUGGCUGGAGGUUCUGGGUUGUGGGGUGAUGGAGCAGGAGAUAUUAAAGAGAAGUGGUAAAAUUAAUAAUGUUGCUUGGGCAUUUGGACUUGGGUUGGAGCGGCUUGCAAUGGUUUUAUUCGAUAUACCAGACAUUCGACUUUUCUGGUUGAAUGAUGAGCGGUUUACCUCCCAGUUUUCUGAAGGUCAGCUUGGGGUCAAGUUCAAGCCAUUUUCAAAAUUUCCUCCGUGUUACAAAGACUUGAGUUUCUGGAUCAAUGACUCCUUCACUGAGAACAAUUUGUGUGAAGUUGUCAGAGGAAUUGCUGGGGAUCUUGUGGAGGAGGUGCAAUUGAUCGACAACUUUACCAACGAGAAAGGAAUGACAAGUCAUUGUUAUAGGAUAGCAUAUCGGUCAAUGGAACGCUCACUUACAGAUGAGGAGAUUAAUCAGUUGCAGUGGAAUGUAAGAGAAGCGGUGCAGAGCAAGUUGGCUGUUGUUCUGAGAUAGAUUUUUUAUUUAGAAAAAGAAAAAAAGAAAAAAAACUGAAGCUGUAAUUUUGUCAUGUAGAUUCCUUAUUUUUGUAUUUAUGGAAAGAAAUGAAUAAAUCUACAAUUUAUUUUUAUUUCAGGCAUUAGACUUUUCUUGUUUUCUUUGGCAUUUAAACGAGAUUUUCAGGCAUCAGUCUGACUUUUCUUGUUUUCGGCACUUAAAUGAGAUUUUAUAACCAA